AUGGAUGGCUGGCCGACUCCUUAUAAUACUAUUGGCGAAGAUGACCGUAGUAAGCUGGAUGUAGAUUUUACUAUGGAUGAAUUGCAGGAGGUGGUGGACAAGGCCGGUUCAAACAUUUCACCCGGUUUGGAUGGGGUCACCUUCUCCUUUGUCAAAGACUUUUGGAAGAUUGUUAAGAAGGAUGUUUGGCAAGCAGUUAGUGAUUUUCUUUCUUCUGGGAUUAUGCACCAAUCGUGGAAGGAAACAAUGAUUGUCUUAAUCCCUAAGAUAAAAAAUCCACAGAUGCUACUGAAUAGAAUGGAGAGGGCUAUUCACAAGAUCAUUUCGGCAGAGCAAGUUGCUUUUAUUAGAGGCAGAUCCUUGUCUGAACAUGUUCUUCUGGCUCAGGAAGUAUUCAACAAAUUUCGAUAUUCUAAUGCUAAGAAAGGUCUCUUGGCUAUCAAGUUAGACAUGGAGCAAGCUUAUGAUAGCAUGGGGUGGCAAACUCUAAGGCAAUCGGAUUGGAUCAUAGGCAAAUGUGGUUUUAGACAAGGUUAUCCCUUGUCUCCAUAUUUGUUUAUCCUUUGUUCCCAAAUUUUGUCGGAUGCUAUAAACCAGAAGAAGAAUUAUUUUGGUAUUUCUAUUACUCCUAGUGCUCUCAAGAUAUCACACUUGCUUUAUGCCGAUGAUGCUUUAUUAUUCUCGGAGGCUAAUGUUAGGAAGAUUAAGGAUCUGAAGAGCAUUAUUUCCCAAUAUUGCAAAUGGUCGGGACAACAUGUUAAUAAUUCCAAAUCUAGUAUAAUGUUUGGUAAGCAUACCGGAAUCAGAAUAAAGAAGAAGUUUGAUAGAAUUCUCAAGUACAAAGUUGUUAAUGAGAUAACCUAUCUUGGUGUGAAGUUAACUUUAAGGAGAUGGGUUGUUUCUGACUUUCAAAACUUGCUGGAAUCUGCUGCUAAUAAACUGAACACUUGGGGGAAGCAUUUAUUCUUAAAGAGUUUGACAAGAUGUGUAGAGGACUCUUGUGGAAUAAAAAAAAAUAGUAGUGCUGGGCUGCACUAUGCCUCUUGGGAGCUGCUUUGCAAGCCAAAAGAUGAAGGGGGACGUGGACUGUUUUCUGCGGUUUCCAAGGUUGGACCUCUUCGAACAAAAUUUUCUUGGGACUUCUUCAUGAAGACUGAUUCGUUGCUCUAUAAUGUUCUUAGAAACAAAUAUGGAAAGGAUAUUUGGAAUGAUCCGGUGAAGAAUGCUUGCUCUCCUACUUGGAAGAUUAUUACCAUAGGGGCUUUCUUUCUUAGGAACAUUGUGAGGUGGAAUAUCUCUAAUGGGAAAUCUAUUAACUGGAUGCUUGACUCUUGGGUCCUUGACAAAAGCUUCUCUAAAUGGCCGACAUUUGUAAAUACUAUUGAGUCUUCCAAUUACAAUUUAUGCAAUUUUAUUUUGGAUGGAGUGUGGAAUAUGAAUCAGUUGCAAGUGUUCUUUGGAGAACAACUGGUGGAGCUUAUCAGUCAAAUUCCGAUUGCAGCUAACAGAAACUAUGAUCAAUUGGAACUAAAAACGAAGAAUUCAGGGAAAUCUAUUGUAGCUUUGUCUUUUGAAGCCCUUAUGGAACGUAGUAUAGAUAUUAACCAUUGGUUGCUGAACGGAUGGGGCUUUCAAAUUUCAUUAUUUAAAGAUUUCAAAACCUGCUUGGAUGGGCUUAAGAGAUGUAAGUUGGUUCAUGAAGGAGUGGAGGACUCGGAUAUUACCACAGCAGCAAACUCGAUUUCUUUGACUAUGAUGAGAAACUUUAUCAAUCUUUCCUCGGACAACUGGGAUGUCAACCAGCGCAAGCUCUCUAAUUCUUGGCAUCCUCCUCCACCCGGGUGGAUAAAGAUUAAUGUAGAUGCUGCACUGAAAUGUAACAACAUGGCUGGGAUUAGAGGCGUGGUUAGGGAUGACAAGGGUCAGUUUUUGGCAGCAUUUGGAGCUCAAUACGUGCAUUGGGAUAUAGCUCAACUGGAAUUAAUGGUUGUUUAUUGCUUGAAGAAUUUUCUGCAAGAUUGGAUGUACAAAUCUCAAGGUGUGAUGAUAGAAGGUGAUAACUUCAAUAUUAUUAAAGUUCUUCAAGUGGCUUUGAAGGGUUGGAAGAAUAAAGAAAGAAUAGAUGAUAACUUGGCAUUCUUACAAGACUUCAACUAA